GUUAGCCGUCGAAGCUGUUCGGAGAAUUCCAGGUAAACCUUACGAAUAUUUCAAUCGAUGGUUCGCUGUCGGUCAGUUUGUUUGAUUGAUUCGGAAUUGAGAUUAGAUGAUUUCCCCCAUAGAUUUCUGGGUUCGCGUUGAAAAUGGCUAAAUCAGUCAUACUUUAUCACGUUCUUCGAUUCCCAGUUUCUUUCUUCUUCAUAGGAUUUUCUGGGUUUCCGAGGGCUUCAAGGACCUAAAUCGUGUUUUGAAGCACCUCAAUGGGUACUCGUCUACUCCCCAAGCAUGUAGCCGCAGUUAUCAAAUGCCAGAGGGAUCCUAUAAAAGCCCUAGAAAUCUUCAAUUCGAUGAAAACAGAGGAUGGUUUCAAGCAUACGUUGUCUACUUACCGAAGUAUCGUCGAAAAGCUCGGCUUUCAUGGAAAAUUCGAGGCCAUGGAACAUGUCUUAAUGGAAAUGAGACAGAAUGUGGACAGUUGUUUGCUUGAAAACGUCUAUAUCGAGGCAAUGAAGAACUAUGGUCGGAAAGGGAAAGUUCAAGGAGCUGUUAACGUGUUUGAGAGGAUGGAUUUCUAUGAAUGUGAGCCCACUGUUCUGUCUUACAACACUAUCAUGAAUAUUCUGGUCGAGAAUGGUUACUUUGAUCAAGCUCACAAGGUGUAUAUGAGGAUGCGGGAUAAGGGAAUAACCCCGGAUGAGUACUCGUUUACGAUUAGGAUUAAGUCCUUUUGCAGGACAGGACGGCCUCACGCCGCUUUGAGGCUUCUCAACAACAUGCCGUUUCAAGGGUGUGAGCGGAAUUCGGUUGCCUAUUGCACGGUGGUUGGCGGGUUAUACGAAGCAAAUUUCAGGGAUGAAGCAUAUGAUCUGUUUGGGCAGAUGCUUGGACAGGGUGUAUCUCUCGGAAUAAGUACAUUUAAUAAGCUUUUACAUGUUCUAUGCAAGAAAGGUGAUGUCCGAGAGUGUGAGAAGCUACUGGAUAAAGUUCACAAAAGGGGUGUUUUGCCAAAUCUGUUUACGUAUAAUUAUUUUAUCCAAGGGCUUUGUCAGAAAGGUGAGCUUGAUUCUGCUGUUCGUGUGCUCGGUUGUCUCAUUGAGAAGGGACCGAAACCUGAUGUUGUUACUUAUAACACGCUAAUCCGUGGGUUAUGUAAGAAUUCCAAGGUUGCUGAGGCAGAGACGUACUUGGGAAAGAUGGUUAAUGAAGGAUUGGAGCCUGACAGUUUUACUUACAAUACGCUGAUAAACGGAUAUUGCAAGAACAGUAUGGCACAGAAUGCAGAAAGGAUUCUGAGUACAGCUGUUUCCAAGGGGUUCGUGCCCAACGAAGUCACCUAUCUCUCCCUAAUUGAUGGGUUGUGUCAAGAAGGAGAUAUAAAUCGUGGUCUAGAUUUAUUCAAUGACGCUGUGGGCAAAGGACUAAAGCCUAGCAUUGCUAUUUACAACAAACUGAUAGAAGGGUUGUCAAAACAGGGUCUAAUUUUCGAGGCAAAUCAGCUGAUGAGUGAAAUGUCUGAUAAGGGUUGCAAUCCUGACAUAUGCACUUAUAACAUACUCAUUAACGGAUUAUGCAAGAUGGGUUGUGUUUCUGAUGCCGAUGGACUCGUAAAUGUCAUGAUUUCCAAAGGUUACUUUCCGGACAUUUUUACUUUCAAUACUUUGAUCCAUGGUUAUUGUAUGCAGUUGAAAAUGGAGAAUGCCCUUAAGAUCCUAGAUGUUAUGUUGGACCAUGGUGUUGAUCCUGAUGUAUAUACUUACAACUCCUUGCUUAAUGGUCUCAGCAAGACAUCAAAGUAUGAAGAUGUGAUGGAAAUUUAUACAACAAUGAUUGGCAAAGGUUGUGUUCCUAACUUAGUAACGUUCAACAUACUUCUUGAGAGUCUAUGCAGAAACCGAAGACUAGAUGAAGCAUUGGGAAUGCUACAGGAAAUGAAAAGUAAGGAUGUAAACCCAGACUCUGUUAGUUUGGCGACAUUGGUCCAGGGCUUUUGCAAACACGGGAAUUUGGAUAGAGCUUACAAACUGUUCCGGAAAAUGGAAGAGGUCUACAAGGUUUCAAAGACCACAGCAACAUAUAAUAUCAUGAUUAAUGCUUUCAUGGAGAAGCUAAAUGUUAAAAUGGCUGGAAAGCUUUUCCAAGAGAUGGAUGAUCGUGGCUUUGUACCUGACGAAUACACAUACCGGGUUAUGAUUGAUGGUUUCUGCAAAGCAGGAACAGUCAAUUUGGGUUACAGGUUUUUGCUCAAGAAGAUAGAGAAAGGGUUUAUUCCAUCGCUUACGACUUUUGGACGUGUGGUAAACUGUCUCUGUGUUGAGGAUAGAGUCUUUGAAGCUGUUGGCAUCGUCCAUCUCAUGGUGCAAAAAGGAAUAGUACCCGAGGUUGUGAAUACGAUUUUUGAUGCUAGCAAGAAGGAGGUAGCUGCUCCUAAGCUUGUUGUGGAGGAUCUACUGAGGAAGAGUUGCAUUACAUAUUAUGCUUAUGAACUCUUACAUGAUGGCCUUAGAGAUAAAAAGCUACGCAAGAAAAAGGCUUUCAGACCGGUAACCAUCUGACAGGAGAGGUUUAUGUCAGAUCUGUUUGCUUGAUGAACAGCUCAAACUUUUCCGUUGUAAGCAUUCCCAGGACACGGCAUCUUUUCCCGAAGAAGAUGGUGACGGCAAGAGAGCCUUAACCAACUAAUAUGGAUGAUAAUAUAUCUGUAGAUAUAUCACCUGUAUCAUUAGGCUUCCCGUUACAUGCUGGUUAGUAUCUUGUUGAUCAUACA